CACGGAAACCCAUCCAAAAUACCUACAGUAAUUCGAAAUCUUUCCAAUCGCAAAUAUGGGCAUCGAGGCAACCUCCGCAUUCAUUGUUGGCGCUCUUACAGCUGGCGGCGGCACCUUUGGAUACAUCAAGACCGGUUCUGUUCCCUCCAUCGCCGCCGGUCUUACCGUUGGUAGUCUGUACCUCCUCGGAGGCUAUCGUAUCCAGAACCGACAAUCGUACGGAGUUGAACUUGCACUUCUUGCCUCCGUUAUUCUUGCUGGAUCAUCUAUUCCGAGGGCUUUGCGGACCCAUAAACCUCUGCCAAUUGGGCUGAGUACGCUUGCGUUGUACGGGCUGUAUACUUUCGGAAACGCAUACAGACUGCAGAAGUAGGGUUGAUGUUGGUGCCACACAUAGCUUGUUAACUAUGGGUGUCUGUGCAUGAUUUUUG